AUGCCAGAAUUAAUGAAGAAAAGGCAAAAAAGCCAAUCUGACGACCCUUUCGAUAAUCGUGCUUUUUUGUUGGAGACCAAGUAUCACUAUGCAGGCGGAUCUUGUCGAUGUAUGUUUCAGUAUGCGACGGCAGAGGUGAUUUACCAGCUGAACCGUGCUAUUGAAACGCUACCUAAUUUUAGUACUGUGAUUCUUUCAAGUGGUAGUCGAUUGCCUCUUAUCGUCAACCACCUGUUUGCGUUGUUUGAAUGUCAUUCUCCCAAGGGUUUGAUAGCCCCGAUGAUUAGUCGCUAUACUGCUAUUCAGACUGGAUUUAAAACCUGUCCGGAGGAGAUCAAACUUUUUUUCAAGUAUCGAGAGUUUGCAAACCCAAUAUUUAGUGAAUUAAUGCUGGAGAUGGCUUUUUUAUAUCUUAACGACAUGGCGGCCUCGAAAUAUUCGAUGAAAGAGAAAGUGUAA